AUGGCCGACGCCAUUCACAUUGUUAACGGCUUCAGCCUCACCAAUCGCUGGCUACUCUACACGUCCUUUAUGCUCGCGCCGGCGCAGUUCAUCGGCGGCGUCGCCAACAACUGCCCCUCCAACAUUGGCUUCCUCGCGUACAACUGGUACACGCAGAUCCAGUGGUACCAGGCGUGCCAGGCGCGCGAGCUGCACGCGUUGUCGCUGCUGCCGGUGCACUUCAACUUCAUCUACGCCUUUAGCUACCUCGGCGGCAUCACCUCGGGCAACAUCUUCAUGGGCGUCCUGCUCGGCCUCGGCACCGCCGGCGUCAUGGUCCUCAACACCGUCUCCGCCUGGGUGUCGUGGGCGACGAGCCAGCCCGAGGGCUUCGGCGUCUACCAGUUCUUCUUCUUUGGCUGGCGCACGCUGAGCCCCGGCUGGCACAAGUUCAUCAUGGUGUGGAUGAUUGGCGACUCCCUCAUGGCCUUUACGUGCAUCGUUGUCGCCAUCGGCGUCGCCAUCUACGUCGCGCUCAAAGACGAGGAUGACCUGCUCGAUAUCCUCGAUGACCAGAGAUACAUGUCGACCGCGUCGCAGUUCCAGGCGCUGCGCUAUCCGGCCAUCAUCCUCGGCGCCGCCCUGAUGCUCGUGUUUGGGUGGCCCGUCAUCAUGUGGACGGAGCUGAUUGUCGCGCGCAACCACAUCCACUCCGACACGGACUGGGUCGCCGUCUGGCUGUUUGUCGCACAGGUCGGGACCAUGGUGGUGCCGAGCUGCGGCAAGAAGCUGAGCUGCUUCGGGAAGUAA